UAACAGUUCACUUGUAGAUGACAAUAAUUUCAUUUCUCCAUAAAUACACACUUGCACUUUCAUACUCUUCACCAUUUCCAUACUUAGCCACUACCUCUUCACUAUUUUCUCCAUUCUUAACAAUAUUCACUUGCUUCAUCUUGCAACUAUGGCUUUUAUAAACUCCCUCUCUUCCCUCUCUUCUUACCACCAAAUACUCUUUGCAGCCCUAGCCUUAGUCAUACCGUCGCUUCUGUUCUUCUUGACCCGAAAUAGAAAGCACGGAAAGCCUAAUCUCCCUCCGGGCCCACCGGGCUGGCCCAUCGUCGGAAACCUAUUUCAGGUUGCUUGUUCCGGCAUGCCAUUUUUCAUGUACAUGAGAGAUGUUUUGAUUCCGAAAUAUGGGCCCAUUUUUACUGUCCAAAUGGGUACUCGGACCACCAUCAUUAUCAGCGGUUCGGAUUUGGCCCAUGAAGCUUUGAUCGAGAAGGGUCAGAUAUUUGCUAGCCGACCCAAGGAGAACCCGACCCGGAUCGUGUUUAGCUGCAAUAAGUUCACGGUCAAUGCCUCGCUUUACGGCCCGGUGUGGCGGUCCUUGAGGAGGAACAUGGUGCAAAACAUGCUGAGCCCAACGAGGCUUAAAGGCUUUCGUGACGUUCGAGACAAUGCAAUGGAUAAAUUAAUCGAUCGGCUCAAGUCGGAGGCAGAUGCGAAUAAUGGAACGGUUCGGGUCCUGAAAAGCGCCCGGUACGCAUUCUUUUGUGUGCUUUUGACGAUGUGUCUCGGGCUCGAGCUGGACGAGGAAAUGAUUGAAAAGGUCGAUGAUAUGAUGAAAACAGUGUUGCUAACAGUCGAUCCGAGGAUCGAUGAUUUUUUACCCUUGUUGAGUCCAUUUUUCUAUAAGCAAAGGAAGAGAGCACUUCAAGUUCGAAAUCAGCAACUCGAACUUUUAAUUCCUUUGAUCAAAAGACGAAAAAUGGCGCUUCAAAAUCCAGGUCUCGACAAGAACGCUACUUCUUUUUCCUACCUGGACACCCUUUUCGACCUAGAAGUCGAAGGCCAAAAAACAGCUCCGAGCUACGCUCAAAUUGUCACGCUAUGCUCGGAGUUUCUCAAUGGAGGUACUGAUACUACUGGUACCGCCAUUGAGUGGGCCAUAGCCGAAAUCAUCGACAACCCUCGCAUCCAAUCAAAAUUGUACGAGGAGAUCAAAUCGGUAGCUGGUGAUCGAAAAAUCGACGAAACUGAUUUGCCGAAUAUGCCCUACUUGAAUGCAUUCAGCAAGGAGUUAUUAAGGAGACAUCCUCCUACCUACUACACCCUCACUCAUGCAGUGGUCGAGCCCACUACAUUGGGUGGUUACGAUAUUCCGCUCAAUUCUAGUGUCGAAUUUUUUGUGGCAGGAAUAACGAAUGAUCCGAAACUCUGGUCCGACCCCGAAAAAUUCGAUCCGGACCGGUUUCUGUCAGGCAACGAUGACGCUGACAUAACCGGUGUUAAGAAUGUGAAAUUGGUGCCAUUCGGACUUGGUAGGAGAAUCUGCCCAGGGCUAGGAAUGGCAUCAGUCCAUGUGAGUCUGAUGAUAGCAAGAAUGGUCCAAGAAUUUGAGUGGCUUGCUUACCCCGAAAAUAGCAAGGUGGAUUUUACUGAGACCUUGGAAUUUACCGUUGUGAUGAAAAAUACUCUAGUUGCCAAGAUCAAGCCACGGGUGUAAUAAUUACUAGUUAUUUUAUUAUCUAAUUAAUUACUAUUUUGUUGUUUUUCCUUUGUAUGUUCAAUAUAUAAUUACUAUUUUGUUGUUUUUUCUUUAUAUGUUCAAUAUAUAAAUAUUCGGUUUGUUUAAUUAAUAUGUGGUCCACGAGUUGAUUUGUA